GUGUGUGUGUGUGUGUGUGUGUGUACACAGAGUGAAUCUGGAGUCCAUUCAGUCUGAAAGCUCCUCUCUGAUGACCCGGCUGAAAAACUGUGAGAAGAAAGUUUCAUGUUCCUCGGACCUGAAGGACCAAUACCUGCCCCCCAUCCAGGAGGGCCUGCAAGCGUGCGAGCAGCUGCUCCAGAUGUUGUCCUCGGUGGAGGACCGCAGGACGGACCUGUGCGUCUACCUGUGUGAAGACAGCAGCAGCUUCUCCAUUGACGAACUCCUCAACACCAUCAAGACCUUCAGAGACCUUUUCCUCAGUUCCCUGAAGGACAACCUGAGUCGCCGGCAGCAGGAGAAGAGGAUGAAGCAGCAGGAGGAGGACAGGAAACUCAGAGGAGAAACUAAAAGGAUCGUGAGGACGGACGUGUCCAAUCAGGACGACGGCUGCAUCAUCGACAACCUGCUGGCUGAGAUCAAGAAAGGCUUCAACCUGAAGAAGACCCGGUCGCCGGCCGAGAACGCCGCCAGAGACCCCGGUGAGGACCGGA